UGUGGGACGGCGGCUCCAAAAUGGACAACCCGAGGGAUGCGCCAGGGAAAGCGAGUCGUUGGUUUGGGGUCGCACAGUCUAAAUCAGCCAAGACCACCGUGAACAUUCUUCAGCAGGAGGAGCUGAUAGCGCAGAAAAAGAGAGAAAUCGAGGCCCGGCUGGAGCAGCAGGCAAAGCAGAACUGCCUGAGUAUCCAGCAGCUGCCUCUGCUUGGAGAAGAUGAUGGCACUGACAGCGAAGCCUGUGUUUCCAACAAGUUUGUUAAUGAUGGCAGUUUCCUCCAGCAGUUUCUCAAGCUGCAGAAGGAAAAGUCAAGUGCUGAACCUCCCCCAAGUUCCACUAGUAACUCGGGAAACACUUCAGCACCACCUGUUGGGAAGAGGCCGCUGCUGCUGGGGAAGCGGCCGGGGCAGGUCCUGAGCAGGAUGCUGCACCAAACGAAGAGCUACUCCCAUUCCAAACAGAGCCCCGUCUUGACCCGCCUCAGUGUCUUUCAGUCUCCAGAUGAAGAUGAGGAGGAAGAUUAUGAGCAGUGGUUGGAAAUUAAAGUUUUACCCCCAGAGGAUGCGGAGACCCGACAAGUGGUGGAAAAGCUGGCUAGGUUCGUGGCUGAAGGGGGACCAGAAUUAGAGAAGGUGGCUAUGGAAGACUACAAGGAUAACCCAGCUUUUUCGUUUUUGCAUGAUAAGAACAGCAGAGAAUUCCUUUACUACAGAAAGAAAGUGGCAGAGAUAAGGAAAGAGAAUCAAAGUUCUCAGGCAUCCUCUUCUCAGAAAGUUUCACCCCCAGACGACGAAGAGACAAAGAACUCUGCUGAGAAACUGGCCCGGUUCAUAGCAGACGGGGGUCCUGAGGUGGAAGCUAUUGCCUUGCAGAACAACAGAGAGAACCAUGCUUUCAGGUUUUUGUACGAGCCAAACAGCAAAGGCUACAGGUACUACCGGCAGAAGCUGGAGGAGUUCCGAAGGGCCAAGGCCAGCCCUGCCUCUGCCCCCUCGCCUGCAGAGGCCUCUCUGAAAAGGAAGAACGGCCCCGAAGCCUCACCCUCACCUUUGUGCUUGCCCUCUUUGCCCUUGCCCUCACCUUUACCUCUGCCCUUGCCCCUUCCCACCCCUCUGCCCUUGCCCCUUCCCACCCCUCUGCCCUUGCCCCUUCCCUCCCCCCUGCCCUUGCCCAUUCCCUCAGCCUUGCCCGUUCCUUCAGCCUUGCCCGUUCCCUCCCCUCUGCCUUUGCCCAUCCCUUCCCCUCUGCCUCUGCCCUUGCCCGUGCCCUCAGCCUUGCCCUCACCUUCUCCAUCCUCCUCCAUGACUCCACCUGACCAGACAGCCCCACCUGCUGCUGCCACCACCACCCCUGCUGCUGCUGCCACUACCAAAAAGAAGCGGAAGAGCCGAUGGGGGCCAGAGGAGGACAAGGUUGAACUGCCCCUCCCACAGCUCAUCCAGCAGCUGGAUUCCCCUUCCCCUCUUUCAGUUCAGGACCUGAAAGGUCUUGGUUAUGAAAAAGGGAAACCGGUUGGUUUGGUGGGUGUGACAGAGCUCUCUGAAGCCCAGAAGAAACAGCUGAAGGAGCAGCAGGAGAUGCAGCAGAUGUAUGACAUGAUCAUGAAGCACAAACGAGCCAUGCAGGAGAUGCAGAUGAUGUGGGAGAAGGCAAUUCAGCAGCACCAACACGGCUACGACAGCGACGAGGAGGUGGACAGUGAGCUGGGCACCUGGGAGCACCAGCUGCGCCGCAUGGAGAUGGACAAGACACGAGAGUGGGCUGAGCAGCUGACCCAGAUGGGCAGAGGGAAACAUUUCAUUGGAGACUUCCUUCCACCUGACGAGCUGGAGAAGUUCAUGGAGACGUUCAAGGCACUGAAGGAAGGACGUGAGCCGGAUUAUUCGGAAUACAAAGAGUUCAAACUGACUGUGGAAAACAUAGGUUAUCAAAUGCUAAUGAAGAUGGGCUGGAAGGAGGGCGAGGGACUUGGCUCGGAUGGACAGGGGAUUAAAAACCCAGUCAGCAAGGGGACCACAGCUGUGGACGGAGCUGGUUUUGGCAUCGAUCGCCCCGCCGAGCUGACCAAGGAGGACGAUGAGUACGAGGCGUUCCGCAAGCGCAUGAUGCUCGCCUACCGCUUCCGACCAAACCCUCUGAACAAUCCACGACGACCUUACUACUGAGAACGUUACGGGGACAACGUGUUUUCAAAGCAAGUGUAAUUUUCCUGUGAGAUGUUAUGAAACUGCAUUAUCAUUCUCUUAUUUGCUAAUAUUGUAAAACUCACUGAAGUCACAAUGCCAUCUUUUCACCCAGAAGAGCAGCCUGCCAGCUGCUCCCUGCACGUUCCAGUGUCACGACAUGUCGUGAGGAGGCCUGGGUGGUGUUGGCAGAGUGAGGCAGGUGGGAUGGAGGCCCUGACACGGUGCCAGUGGAAGGGUAGCACCAAAGAUACCAACAGGACUGGUUCAGGGGCUCCACUGGUGUUUAGCUUAGUGCCACGUUGCAAGGAAUGAGUUUGUUGUGUAAUGGCAGAUCCUCUGCUGCUCUGGGGUUGAUUUUUUGUUGUUGUUUUUUUUAUUUUUAAUUCCAAAUUUUGGGACUGGUUCUGACCCAGCUUUUGGGGCUGUUGUUCUGUCACACUGUUGUUUCCUGAAGAGCUGGCUUCUGAUGCUGUUGUGAAGCUCCAAGUAUAGUCUGACCUUCAACUGACAUUGCAAAACCAGUGCCUGGUUUGUUCUACCCAGGGCAAGUUCAUUCCAUGUCAGAGGAGACAGCUCCUUGUUUUCUUGAACACUAAGUUCACCCAGCGAGAGACUCUCUGUGGGUUGGGGUGGUGAAGAACCAAGCCUUCAAACACAGUUUGUGAAAGGCCAUUUGGAUUUUGUUGUCAUAAGAAAACCCCUCUACAACUAUGAAUUUUCUUCAUUCACUCUGUAAAUAAAGUAAAACUCAUUGGUUCCUUAGUUUUAAUCAUGGAGGUUCUGGAAUGAGUGGUGUCACUGUGGGUUUCUGUAGGCUCUAGAACUCUUGCCCUCCAAGCAUCUUGGAGAAAACAAAGUGAGGUUGGUUGGUUUGGUUCCUUUUGCAUUUGUUUUCCCUCAGUCCAACUACUUGGUGUGUGAUUCUCUUUUGUUAACUUUUCUAAACAAGGUGGAGUCAAGGACUUGGCUUUCAAUAAAAAACAUUUGAAAUAGUCA